CUCCGUACUUCCCUCUCUUCAUCCACUCCUCUCUCUCUCACUCUCACGCACGCGCACGCGGAGCAGAGGUGGAAAGCGGGUCGCGCUCGACGCUCCAAAUGGGCCAAUCCAGCCUCCCGCAAUGAAGAUCACCGGAAGAUCCCUGCACCGGUCGAGCGCCCCGGCCGCCGCUUCCCCGAGGGCCCCGUACCCGCCGCCCCCGCGCCGCCCAGAUCUGCCGCCGCAGGCGAAGACCCCCCGCAGGACGCCCCGCCGGAAGGCCCGCCUGAGGAAGGCCGGGACCCCCGCCGGCAGCAGGCGGAGCAGCCGGCCCGAGACGCCCCUCCUCGAGUGGAAGACGACCGAGGACAAGGAGGAGCGGAGCGUCCUCCCCGUCGACGGCGGCGGCUGCGGCGGCGAGGGCGGCGGGUCGCUGCCGCAGGCCCGCCGGAGGAGCCGGCGGAGGGAUGCCUCGGUGUCGUCGAGGAAGCUCGCCGCCGUGCUCUGGCGGCUGCAGCUGACGGAGGCCGAGGGUGGCGGUCGCGGCGGAGACAGAGGCGGUGGCGUUCGGGAUGAGGUCGGGUUCCAGUCUGGUGCUGGACACAUAGAAUCUCCUUUUGUUUUUAAUAGAACCGGGAAGGUGUACAACUCAGAUGCAAAGGAUCUUGAUAGUCCUCGAUCAGUAUAUGGCACGAGGAAUGGCUUUUCGCAUAAGCUCGAGCCUUCUUUUCAAUUUACAAGUUCUGCGAUGGAGGGUGUAACUAAGUGGGACCCAGUCUCUUUUAGAGUACCUGAGGAUGUACGUCAGAUUCACAGCCACACGAAGCUUCUCAAUCAACAAGUGAGUGCCGUAUCAGCGAUUUCUUCACUUGAAGCUGAACUUGAACAAGCUCGGGCGCGCAUUCUAGAGUUGGAAACUGAGCGUCAUUCCUCGAAGAAAAAGCUGGAGCACUUUCUAAAGAAAGUCAGUGAGGAGAAGGCCGCAUGGCGGAGAAGGGAGCAUGAGAAGAUUCGUGCCUUUGUUGAUGAUAUUAAAUUGGAUCUGAAUCGAGAAAGGAAAAAUCGCCAGCGCAUGGAAAUUGUCAAUUCCAAAUUGGUUGACGAACUUGCCGAGGCCAAGCUAUCAGUGAAGCGAUGGAUGCAGGAUUAUGAAAAAGAAAUAAAGACCAGAGAACUAAUCGAAGAAGUAUGUGAUGAGCUGGCAAAGGAGAUUGGGGAAGACAAGGCUGAAAUGGAGGCAUUGAAGACAGAGUCCAUGAAACUACGGGAAGAAGUAGAAGAGGAAAGAAAGAUGUUGCAGAUGGCGGAGGUCUGGCGUGAAGAACGAGUUCAGAUGAAACUUGUGGAUGCGAAGGUGGCACUUGAUCGAAAAUAUUCUCAGAUGAACAGUUUAGUAGCUGAUCUGGAGAAUUUCUUAAAAUCAAGAAACCAUACCCCAGAUGUGAAGGACAUAAGAGAAGCAGAGUUACUUAGGCAGGCAGCUGCUUCCAUGAGUAUUCAAGAUAUGAAAGAAUUCUCUUAUGAGCCUCCCAAUCCUGAUGAUUUAUUCGCUGUUCUUGAAGAAGUUAAUAAUUUUGGCGAAAACAAUGAGAGGGAGAUUGAACAAUGCAUAGCUUACAGUCCCGCAAGUCGUGCCUCAAAAAUUCACACGGUGAGCCCCGAAGUAAACAUGUUGAAAAAUGACAACAUCAUCAGAUAUCCUAAGGCUUUCCCUGGUCAUAAUGGUGAUAUAGAAGAAGAUGAGAGCGGAUGGGAAACUGUGAGCAACCUUGAAGACCAGGGAUCAAGCUGUUCCCCGGAUGGGAGUGCCCCAUCCGUGAACAAUAUACAGCAAAAUGGGAAUGUCUCAGCUAGCGGCGGUGAAACCCCAGUAACUGAAAUCAGCGAAGUGUGCUCGGUUCCUACGAGGCAAUGGUCCUCAUCCAUAGCAAGACUCUGGAAAUCAUGUCCAAAUAACGGGGAGAACUACAAUAUAGUCUCGGUGGAGGGCACGAAUGGGAGGCUGUCCAAUGGGAGGAUACCCAAUGGGGCCGUCAUGUCUCCUGAUCACGGUUCGGGUAAGGAUGGUUUUAGCCCAUCUGAUAUUGUUAGCCAGCGGAGUUCCCCUGAUACAGGGAAUCCUCACAUAACUCGAGGUAUGAAAGGCUGCAUUGAAUGGCCUCGUGGUGCGCAGAAGACCAGUCUGAAGGCGAAGCUUCUUGAGGCAAGGAUGGAAAGUCAAAAGAUCCAGUUACGGCAUGUAUUGAAACAGAAAAUGUAGCUGUGAAUUUCCCGUACGGCCAAGCAAGGCGGUCCUCUUCACAUUGACAAGCUGGAGUCUGGUCAAAUACACAUUCCUGGAUGUGCGAAGAGCAUGGGGGGGUCUUCACCAGCGCUCCUGCACCCACCUUGGUUCGUGAAUGAUUUUCAAUAAUAGUUGAAUUUUUUCUAGUUAGGAAAAAUCGGUUAGGAGUUAUGAUCUUCGUCUCGAUAUUGCUCGAGAUUCUUGGUCCGGCAUCGGCAAUGUAUAUCUGGAAUUGGAACUGGGACAGAAACAAUCUUGUAAUGUCUAGUAUUUUAUAGCUGGCUAGUUUCCAGAUGCUAUAUAUUGGACCACGAUUUCGGGUUUUGUUGUAAACUAUGUGAUCAUAAUCAUAAUAUCUCUGGAGAUUUCUGCA